GUCUUUUUGAACGCUCAUUCAAAGCAGAAAUAAGGAAAGACCAAGACUUUAGAAAAACAGAUCAUCUGGCUUUAUUUCUCCCCAUCAAAUAUGCUAAAAUGUCUUCACCCCCAUAUGCCUUGUGAGAGAAAGAGGGGUGAGUGAAGAACAUGAGGAAUAUAAUCAGCAAGCGCCACUGCUGCACCAUUUAUUUAUUCUUUUCUCUAAUCAUUUUCUUCCCAACAAUUGUCAUCUCUGCAGACACCAUAACACCAACUCAAAAACUCAAAAAUGGCCAAACUCUUGUCUCUGAAGGUGGCGUCUUCGAGCUUGGAUUUUUCACACCAGGCAAUUCAGGCAAGUGGUAUGUUGGCAUAUGGUACAGGAACAUUCCUGAUAAAGCAUACGUCUGGGUUGCAAACAGAGACGCCCCGCUUUCAAAUUCAUCCGGAACUCUCAGCAUCAGCAACAAAAGCAUUGCUCUUUUUGAUCAAGUCGAGACAAUUGUGUGGUCAUCAAAUCAAACUGAGGCUGUGAACCCUGUUGCUCGACUUCUAGACUCUGGAAAUUUUGUUCUAAGAGAAAACAAUGGCCGUGAGAUUCUGUGGCAAAGUUUUGAUUACCCGACGGAUACUUUGUUGCCGGGGAUGAAGCUGGGGUGGGAUCUGAAAACAGGUUUUGACAGGAACUUAACUUCAUGGAGAAGCACAAACGAUCCUUCCUCAGGGGACUAUUCUUUCAAGAUAGAUUAUCAUGGAUUCCCAGAAAUAUUUUUGUGGAAAAAACUAGAAAAAAGGUAUCGGAGUGGGCCAUGGAACGGGCUUAGAUUCAGUGGUGUCCCAGAAAUGAAACCUCUACCUAACUUGAACUUCGAAUUUGUUAUAGAUCAAGAUGAGAUAUAUUAUUCAUUUGACAUAACUGACAAGAAUUUAAAGUCAAGAUUGAUGGUUGAUUCAUCUGGGUUGCUUCAAAGAUUCACAUGGGUUGAAGAGAGAAAAACAUGGAAUCCAUAUUGGUACGCACCAAAGGAUCAGUGUGACAAUUAUCUGGAGUGCGGUCCAUUUGGGAUAUGUGACGCAAAUGCUUCACCUGUGUGCAAGUGCAUGAGGGGAUUUCAGCCUAAAAAUCCUCAGGCAUGGAGUUUGAGACUGGGAUCAGAUGGGUGUAUCAGGAAGACAGAGUUGCAAUGCAUGAAGGACAAGUUUUUGCAUUUGAAGAAUGUGAAGUUGCCUGAAACUACCACCGCUUUUUUAGACAAGAAUAUAACUCUUAAGGAUUGUGCGGCGUUGUGUUCGAGGAAUUGUACUUGUACAGCUUAUGCCAACGCCAAUAUAAGUCACGGCGGUAGUGGUUGUGUUAUAUGGACGAGUGACCUCCUCGACAUGCGGCAAUAUGCAGAAGGUGGCCAAGAUCUCUAUGUUCGAUUGGCUGCUUCCGAUAUAGGUGAUGGUGGGAAUGCGAUUUCUCUGAUAAUAGGAUUUACAGUUGGUGGUGCCGUUUUGGUUUUAGGGGUAGUUGCCUUUUUUCUGUGGAAAAGGAAAACAUUGCUUACACAAAAAGGGAAGGCACAACAGAAAGGUCCUUCAGAAAGAAGCCAAGAUUUACUUUUGAAUGAAGUGGUUAUUUCUAGUAGGAGAGACAACUCUGGUGAAAAGACGGACGAAGUCGAAUUGCCAUUGUUUGAUUUUGAUACCAUUGCAACAGCCACAGACAACUUUUCUGAUGAUAAUAAACUUGGACAAGGUGGUUUUGGCAGUGUUUACAUGGGUACGUUAGUCGAGGGUCAAGAGAUAGCAGUAAAGAGGCUCUCAAGAAACUCCGGGCAAGGCAUUGAAGAAUUCAAGAAUGAGGUCAAAUUAAUUGCGAGGCUUCAGCACAGAAAUCUGGUUCGACUUCUCGGUUGCUGCAUUGACUUGGAUGAAAAGCUGCUGAUAUAUGAGUACAUGGAACACAGAAGCCUGGAUUCUAUUUUAUUUAAUAAAGCAAAAAGCAAUCUACUGAAUUGGCAAAGGCGCUUCAACAUCAUUUGUGGGAUUGCGCGAGGACUCCUAUAUCUUCAUCAAGAUUCCAGAUUUAGGAUUAUCCAUAGGGAUCUUAAAGCAAGUAACAUUCUGCUUGAUAAGGACCUAAACCCAAAAAUAUCAGACUUCGGCAUGGCUAGAAUAUUUGGAGGAGAUCAAACAGAAGCAAAUACUAAGAGAGUGGUUGGAACAUAUGGUUAUAUGUCUCCUGAAUAUGCAAUGGAUGGACUCUUCUCAGUGAAAUCCGAUGUUUUUAGCUUUGGAGUUUUGCUGUUAGAGAUUGUAAGUGGUAAGAAGAACAGAGGAUUUUAUCACUCCAACAGCGAACUUAACCUUCUUGGACAUGUAUGGAGAAUGUGGAAAGAAGGAAAGGGAUUAGAAAUAGUAGAUUCAGCAGUGGGUGAUUCAUAUCUUGCACAUGAAGUAUUGAGAUGUGUCCAGGUUGGGCUGUUAUGUGUCCAAGAGAAUGCAGAAGAAAGGCCAAAAAUGUCAUCUGUGCUUUUGAUGUUGGGUAGUGAAACUGCACAAAUUCCCCAGCCUAAAACCCCUGGUUUUUGUCUAGGAAGAAACCCUCCUGAAACCGAUUCAUCUUCAAGUAAGCACGAUGAAUCAUGCACGGUAAACCAGGUCACAGUUACAAUGCUAGAUGCCAGGUAGUGAAAGGUAUAACUUCAUCCAGCAAAUUGUAGACUUGAAAAACUUUUGGAGUUUUCUCUGUAUAUCUUCUGCUGUGAAUUUUAUUUUGGAAAUGAGUCUUUUUGGUUUAUCUCA